AUGUCUCUAUCCUCAGCAUCAGAAGCCUGCAUGACGCGUAAUCUUGACAUAGAAGCAAUCGCCACCUGGUGCGGCGAGGGACAAGAAAUUCACCCAGAAAACCAGAGGCUCUUAGAACUGAAAACUGAGAUCGAGGCAAAGAAAACUCAACAGCCGUCUGUUAAAAAGGCAGAUAUUGAGAACAACGUGGAAAACAAGUACCACUGUCAGAAAAACUUCAAUCGGCUAAACCUCGAUAUUGCCAAAAAAGUAGGGAACAAAAAGAACGUAGGCGCUCAGUAUCUCAUCCUUGGUGAUAAGUAUUCGGAGCUCAGCGACUUUGAAAAGGCAAUAGACUAUUACAAACAAUUUUUGGGUUGUUGCAAAGAAUUGGAAGACCGCAUUGGCGAGGGGGAUGCGUAUUGCAAACUUGGGGACGCUUACAGCAGCGUUGGCCAGGUUGACCAAUCUAAGGAGUUCUACGAGCUUUAUUUAAGAAUUUCUAGAGAACUGGGUAACAUGGAAGGGGAAUGUCAAGCCUAUAGAAGACUCAGUAGUGUUUUUCAGUACCUCAGUGGUUAUGAACAAGCUGUAGAAUACCAAGAGCAACACUUGAUUAUUGCCAAGAGGUUGGGAGAUAGAUCACAAGAGGGCUUUGCGUAUGGACAACUUGGCAGUAUUUUCCAUAGCCUUGGUGAAGUAGAAAAAGCCAAAGAAUAUUACUACAAACAACUAUCGAUUAUCAGUGAAAUUGGCAAUAGGAAUGAAUUGAUAAAGGCGUAUGGAAACUUAGGGAGAGUCCAUCACAGUCUGCACGAGUUCAAAAAAGCCAUAGAAUAUCAUGAAAGACAACUGAGUAUUGCUAAAACGGAGAGAAGGAGAACCGAUGAAGCUCGUGCGAAAUAUGAACUAGGUCGUAAUUUCGAAUCACUUGAAUCCUUAACAGAGGCUGCGCAAUAUUACAGGUCAAGCGCGGAGCUUUUUGAAGAGAUACGAGCUCAUCUUCCUCGAAAAAAGAACAGUUUCUUCCAAGAUGAAUGGAAGAUCAACUUUUUCGAUGUGCAACAAUGUGUGAACACUGCCCUAUGUAGAACACUACUUAAACUAAAUAAGGUUUCAGAGGCUCUUGUCGCGGCGGAAAAUGGACGUGCCCAAUCUCUGUUGUAUUACGACUUGAUGACGACAAAAUAUACAUCUGGCUGCUUCUUCCCGCGAAAGCAGGACAAAAGGUUCAGUUUGUCAAGAGGACAAUAG